GAAUCUGUUUCCUUUCUCAAGGUCUCUUAUUCCUGCGUCACAAUCUGGUAGGCCCCUGUGAGGACAUCUUGUCUGCAACCCUUUCUGGGCCAUGGGUUAGUUGUUAAGGGUUGCACGUACACAUAUAGGAGGAUAAUAAUAUGAUAAAAUACACAGAUACACUCUAACACUCUGAAGGUCUCCAAACCCUCUGAAACCCUGACAUGGAGGCAUUUAAAAGAUUGAUGGUUCAUGUCACCAUCCAGAAUAUGCUCCAGAUCUCAGAUCUAUGUGUUCCUGAAAGCCGUCUUGGAUACACCUGCGAACCCAUUAGUUCUUAAAGGCUUGAUGUGUCUAAGAGUAAGCGUGUUAAGAGAUGGGACAGUCUCUCUCAUGUCUCAAGUCGAACGGUUGGUGAGAAGGUCCGUGCUUUUCAGAGCACCUCAGCGAUUCUCAUGGAGAACAUGGACCUCUACAUGCUCAACCCCUGCAGCAACAAGAUCUGGUUUGUCAUAGAGCUGUGCGAACCCAUCCAGGUGAAGCAGCUGGACAUCGCCAACUUUGAGCUGUUCUCUUCCACGCCCAAGGACUUCCUGGUGUCCAUCAGCGACCGGUAUCCGACCAACAAGUGGAUGAAGCUGGGCACCUUCCACGCCCAGGACAAACGCACGGUGCAGAGCUUCCCGCUGGACGAGCAGCUCUACGCCAAAUACGUCAAGGUAGGGCCAGCCCCGAUGCAUCAUGGGAGAUGCCAAGGACAGUCUGCCAGAGCUGGUCAGAGCGUUGAUCGAGUCCUAAGAGAUUUUCCAGCACAGCCCCUCUUAAGCCAUCAGUAAGGAGCUUGUCACCUUUAUUUACAGGGUGAAUCUCAGUGCAGUUAAGGUCUGCAAAAUCUCAGCAAUCCUACAGCCUAGGGUUUGCGGACACCAGCCCAACAUACCGACUUUCAUUAGAGACACCAGCAGAUGGUAGUCAUGUGAACCCCCCAGGCUCUAGAAGAGGCCCCCUUUGGAGCAUGCCCCCCCCCCCGAGCAUGCCCUCUCGCAUGUCCUGUCUCAUGCCCUGUCGUUUCUAACUUCCUGUCUCUUGAUCUGUAGUCAGUAGAGACCUUCAGUGAUCUGGAACUGAGCUAAAAUGCUGCAAAACUCUGCCAGUAGCCAUUUCAUGCACACAGGCAGUCAGGCUUGCAUGUGGAACGUGCCUGAUUCGCCCCAAUCCUCUGGCAUGCCCCCAGACCCUUACUGACCCCCUUUUAGCCCCCCUCCCCCAUGUUUCUAGGUUAUCUGAGUGCUUUUUUAAUCUCUGGUUGCUAAGUUGCUCUUGGCAUGAAGCUGGCCUCCACGCUCACUUUUUUCCCUCUUCUUCUCCGUUCCAUCGCUUCAGACGUUCA